AAGUUUCAGAUUGAUUUUGCAAGAGCUGAAUGUGUAUUUAUAAAUAUAUAUCAGUCAAGAAAUAAGUUGUCAUGAUAAAAAGAAUGUGAUUGACUUAGUUUUGGUAUAACACAAUAAAUUACUGAAUCAGCUGGUUAUAAAAGACAUGCGUAGAUGUUAUUUGGAAGAAUUUUUCUUGGCCUUGACCCAGAUUUUAUUUAUAGAAAGUGUUUACAAGUUCAGAAUCAAUAUAAAGGAAAUUGUGAUCAUUGUAAUCAGGUCUUUCUGUUGAUGAGGAUUAUGUUUAAUUAAUGUAAACUAAAAAAGAAUGCAUCUGGAAGAGGGAAUAUAAUAGGGGGAUUGUUGCCAGUGUAUAGGAACAUUAUGACAGACAGUUGCCCAUAUUUACAUAGAACUGCAGGAGAUACAGAAAGACGUUAUCAUCUUCGGUAUUACAAGACUGGUACAUGUGUUUAUGAGACAGAUAGCAAAGGAAAUUGUGUUAAGAAUGGCCCUCAUUGUGCCUUUGCACAUGGUGCCCAUGAUUUGAGGCCACCCAUUUAUGAUGUACGAGAAUUACAAGCUAUUGAUACCAUAAAUAUUAGUUGUGAUAAGAGUUCCAAUGCUAGUUCUAUAUCAGGAACACCAAGUAGUUUAGAAAAGGAUAAAAUUUUAGCUGAAGAUCCUAGAUGGAAUGAUACCAACUAUGUACUUGAGAAUUACAAAACAGAGCAAUGCAAAAGACCACCUAGAUUAUGUAGACAAGGUUAUGCCUGUCCUUCUUAUCAUAAUACAAGAGAUAGGAGAAGAAGUCCCAAACUAUUCAAAUACAGGUCUACACCUUGCCCUAAUGUAAAACAUGGAGAUGAUUGGAGUGAUCCGACACAGUGUGAAAAUGGAGAUAACUGUGCAUACUGUCAUACACGUACAGAACAACAGUUUCACCCAGAGAUUUAUAAAUCAACAAAAUGUAAUGACAUGGUACAAACUAACCACUGCCCUAGAGGACCUUUCUGUGCCUUUGCCCAUGUUGAAAAUGAAAUAACAACUGCUAGAGAUGUAGGUUCAAGUAAUGAGAAUUCAUUAGCUGAGUUUGUCUCGACAGUGUUACCUCCCCCUACCAUUAGUAAUAUUAACCCAAUUACCAUAGUAACAACAAGUAGUAAUGGUGUUAUCUCUGAGGGAAAUCAAAUUAAUCAAAAAGUGGAUCUCAAUGGUUCAAGCCAGUGGAAAUUUCCAGAUCCUAUUGGAAAGGAAAGAGCUAAUAGUGUACCAUAUAAUUGUCCAGAAAUGGCCAUUUUAGGAACUUAUCGAAGUUACUCCUUUGAUUUACAGAAUAACAGUAGUAUAUCAAGCAGUAUACCUAGCCAUACAAGUAGUCCGUUACCUGAACCUAUAGGUAAAGGUAGAUCUAGUAGUACAUCAAGCAGCAUAACAUCAGAUUCUGGACUAGGAUUAGGCUUUUAUCCAAGAGCACCUGGUUCAGAAAGAGAAGAUUCACAGUUUAGAUUAAAACAACAAUUAGCAGCUAUAGAUGGUGACCAUACAAUAGACACUGUAGAAAAGGCAAAACGGAAACAGAAUUUAAUUUUAGUUAGUGCCGUCAAUUGUGCAGUUAAUACAUCUUCAUAUGCAAGUGUUACAGGGAUGUCAAAUAUGUCUCCGCUAGCACCAGCCUUCUACCCACCAGGGGAUACUGUAGGAUCAGUUAUAGGCCAUGCAUUAGAAGAUUUAUGUUUAGAUGAUAUUGAUUUGAACAGUUUAGAUAAAGAAUUAGAUCGUGAUGAUACAAAUUCAUUAAGCAGUUCUAUUAGUGCUGGUAUCUCCUCAGGUUAUGGUUGUGGUAACUCAUCUUUACCCAUAGGUAUACCUGGAGGCCUACCACGGGGUAGUGUAGGAAGUCUUUCACAGUCUCCACCCUCUCCUUUUGGCAGCUUUUCUCAUCAGCUGUUGACAAAUCAAAAGAAUGAUGAUCAUAUAUCCUCUUUAUUAAAUUAUAACAACAGUAAAUAUUCUACGUUACAUUCAGAUGUGAAUUCAAUGUCUCCGAGAAGUGGACCGCUUGGACCUCACUCCCCUCUUUAUUCUUCUAGUUUAUCAAAUAGUACCCCUGCUGCUGAAUUACACAAGCUAAGAGAAGAGUCUGUAACACAUAAAGCUAAAGUUGAUCACUGGGAACAUGCUUAUUUACAAGCAAAAUGUGCAUGUGAAGCUUGGAAGAAAGAAGCAGAAGAAUCGAUGAGAAAGACGAGGAAUUCUGAUGAGGAAAAAAAUCAUGCAAUAAAACAGAGAGAUGAGGCAAUACAAAGAUGUAAACUUAUUCAACAACAGCUGGAGAUUGUGAGCAGUAACAGUAUCAGGUGUUUAACACGAAUAAAUGAGCUGGAUUCUUUAUCUCUGACACAGAUGAGACAAGUACAACAGCAGCUAAAAAUGGAUUUGGAAAGAAUGGAAAAGAUGAUCCUUUAUCAGCAGAGUGUCCGGUGUGCUUUAUGUCAGGACAAGAUGAAAAGUAGUUCCCCUCUGCCGUGUAGUCAUCGUGUGUUAUGUGAUACAUGUUCGUCCAAAGCAAUGAACUGUCCUAUAUGUCACACACAGAUUUCAAGAUCUUUAAGUGUUGGCGGAUACCGGUUGUAAUAUAGGUGUGUCUAGGAUCUUCAAAUUCAUGUUAGAUAUUUAAAAACUUUAUAUUUUGCAAUUUGAGCCAAUUGUGAUUAUUACAAGUUAAUGUAAAAGUGGUAUUUUGUAUAGAAAUGUCAAAAUUGCAUUCAAUUAUUAUUGAUUACACAGUGUUUAAGGUUGUUAAGAGUCUUAUUUAGUUAACUGUCAAGAUUAUUUAUUAGUUGAUAAAAAUUUAUCAGAAAAUAAGGGGAGAUAAUUACCAAGCUACAUGUGUAUUUCUCUCUAGUAGAUUACUUUCUAAGAAUUGUUCUUAAACAAAGUAUUUAAAUUAUAAUGAAAAACUUAUUUUACGAAAUAUCAAUACAACUGUGACUACCUGUAAUAUGUCCAAAAAAAGAAAUUAUAAUUAUUUAAAACAAAUUAUAAUUAUACAGCAGAAUAUAUUUAAGAGUAACUACAUUGGCCAUGACUUUUGUAGUGUAUUUUCCGUCAUGGAUAUAUACAGGGAUGUCCAAAGUAACUACAUGGACCAUUAACUUUGUGGUGUAUUUUCUGUCAUGGAUAUAUACAGGGACGUCCAAAGUAACUACAUAGACCAUGACCUUUGUAGUGUAUUUUCUGUCAUGGAUAUAUACAGGGACGUCUAGUUAAUUCAUUUGAUAUAUUUGUACAGUUAAUAUAAGUAAGAACUCUUGCAAUCCGUUUGUAGUUUUCACAGUGUGUGCCAUUUACAUUUCUUGACAAAUUUAAUCAAAUGAAAACGAUUUAGUGCUAAAUAUUGAAAAUUAUUGUUUUAUGAUUUAAAUAAAAUAUAUUUUUUUGUUAAGUUUCAAAGUUUGUAUUCAAGUUAGUUCAGUUAGAAACUGUUUAGUUAUUUUUUAACAUAGUUACAUUUAAUACUUUUGUUUAUAUCACCUUUGAAAGCAUUAAGGAGCGUGUAUUGUAUAUUAUAGUAAACUAGUUUUUGUCCUCUCACAAUUUUUUUCGAUAAAGUACUUGCAUUCCACACCAAUUCUUCUUUUAUGUAAUUAACAUUUUUUUCCAUUUCAUUUUCUGUAAAUUGAUCAACAUUAUUCAUUGUGAUGCUUUAUUUAAUUUGAUUUUAAAAAUAUUACAGAUGGAAGUCACGUUUUCCUCAUUUUUAUUAUAUUACAGUAUAUUUCAGAUUGACACUUUUGUAACUUCUCCUUUGUUAGCUUUAACGUAUUGAAAUAUUGGAAUGAUGUUGAGGAUCAGCCUUCUCUUCAGUCGCAUAAUGGUAUUCAGUGACUGAGAACCAUAUUAAAUUAUUACCACAAGAGUGCCUUCUUGAAAAUCAAAUUGUUAAAUUCAGGGAAUUGAUAAUUAUGUAAAAGGCACAUGUUAUAUAUUUUGUUAAGCAGUUGGGUAAUUUGCAGUUUAUUUCCAAAACAUUAGGAUCGGUUAGUCUUGGCCUCAACAAUAGAAAAUUGGCCAAUGUUCUAACAUUAAUUUGAUUUAGGUGUACAGACAUUAACAAGAACCCAUAGUCCUAAUAAUAGUUUAAAUUAUUUGAACUUUAUUUUGACUUUCAAGUAGAAAACUACUUAUGCCUUAAAAAAAAUUUAAAGACGAUUUGUUUGAUACUAUGAGAGUUUGUUUUCUAUGUAAAAAAGUUUAAAGAUAAAGGUCAGAAUUGCAUAAUUGUAAGGACAGAAAAUAUUGGUACCUCCUAUGAUAAAAAAUCUGUUGAGAUUUAUAAUCUAGAUUUCUUAAUAUAAAUGUAAGAAUUUGUGGUUUGAUUACAAAUGAGACAACUCUGCCCCAAAUGACAUAAAAGCUAACAUUUAUAGGGCCUUCAACAAUGAGCAUAACUCAUAGUGUGUAGUCAGUUUUAAAAGACCCCAAGUUGAUUAUAUUGUUUUGUUUCAUUGUAAGUAAUUAAUUACAAAUUUCACAAUUUGAAAUUCAGUUUGAAAUAAUGCUAGAAAACAUAAUCUUUCAUUUUUAAGAGUUUUUUUUAUCUAACACUUGUCACUAACUAAUGCUGAGUUCGAACGUAAGUCGAAUUAGAUUCACAUUAACUAAUUCGAAUUAGUUUAAUUCGCAUUGGAAAGGUUUAACGUCCUAACGUCAAUUCUAAUUCGAAUUGGAAUUUGCAUCAAAUUCGCUUUACUGUCAUAACAACAUUAACUUUUAAUUCGGAUUUACAAAAAUGCAUUUCUAUUGCAAAUUAGUUAAUUCAAAUUAGCCAAUUCGAAUCAAUUUGAAUUAAAAAAGGAUAGUGUGUGAACGUGAUUAGCGAAUUCAAUUUGCAUUCGAUUCGAAAGUUAUGUGUGAACGACAUUUAAUAUUUUACUGUUGUACAAUUUAGCAUCAAUAAAUAUUUUGUGAUAAUUUUUCAAGUUUCAAAGUCUGUAUUGUUUUAUAAAAAGUCCAUAGUACAACUGCUAUGAUUACUGCAUUCUAUGUAUAUUCAAGACCGUUUUCAAAGUUGUUUUUAGAAGUGCAAUUCCCUUAUAUUGUAAAUUUUUCAUAUCAUAUUCACAUGUAAAAAAAUCAGGCUAACUAUAUAUGGACUUUCUUAUACUAGUUUCACGGGCUUAGUUUGAUUGUCUCUAUCAACAUAUAUUAUCAAAUGCUUUGUUCCAUAUCGUUUCCAUGCAGUUAGGAUUAAUUCAAAUGGGAUUCCUUUUAAUUUUGUUCAUUUAAUGUGUUUCUAUAUAAUUAAAUUGACAGAAAAUAAUAAUAUCAUUGGGUUUGACUAAUCUACAUUUAUAGUUAAUAUUUAUAACUAAUCUAAGGGAAGAUUUGUUACAAACAGAGUUAUAACCUUGGUGAAGUAAAAAGUAAUCGUCAUGUAUUAAAGAUGACAAUUGUGGCGGAAAGAUUUUGAAGGGAGGCAAAGACUCAUGUUUUAAAUAUAAAACUAUACAAAAUAUCCUGUACCUUGUUACAAUUAGAUAUUUUUCAGGAGAAUGUACUCAUACUUUGUAUAGAGAGUUAGACCAUUUUUAGUGUUGUGAAUAUUUAUGAUUUUGUUUGUUUUUUUGUGAUUUUAGUAAGAAAGAAAAUUGCAAUUGAAUUUGUGAUAAUUUUCAUCAGUUUUCCCUUUUUGCAGUCAGCAGCAUGUUAUGAAGACAAUCAAAUAUGAAGCAUUAUCAAAGAUUUGAAUUCCUAAAUAAAAUCUCAGAAAAAUUGUAAAGACAAAAUAUUAUUUAAAAAUAGUUCUUUUCUAAAUUAUUGUUUCAAGUAUAUCUGUGUUACCAUAGAUUUGUUGGUGUCCAAGCCACCAUGCUUUGGCUGCAGUCUUGGGUUGUUUCAUUUGAUUUUAUACAACCCCAAUGUAAGAAUAAUAUGAGUUGUAAUUGUGUUAUGUACCAUAGAAAGUACAAAAUGUAUUGCCGUGUCAUUGAUUGACCUUGAACAUUGUGUUUUACUGUUUACUUCUGUCAUCAGUCAAGCAAGACAUUCAAAACCAGUUAAGAGCUUAGCACUAUUAACAAGAAUUCUUCUAUAUAAAUAACUACUGUAAUUGAAAAUGCUUCAACAAUAAACAAAUGAUUUACAAGUUAAAAAAACACUGGUAUUUCUCUUUUUGAAGUCAAAAUAUAGUUUCACAUAAAUUAUAUUUAGUUCAAUGCUAUAAAAUUGUUUAGAUAAACAAAUUAGUUAUCAAACAAGUGCUGGGUUGACUGUCACAAACUUAUGGAUUUGUAUGACACGAUUUCAAUUUAAAUGAUAAUUUCUAACAUUCAUUGUAUAUCACCAUAUUAGUGUAUGCAACAGAGUUAAUAUAUAAUCUUUGUGAAUAGCCAUCUGAUACCAUAACAUUCAUUCUCACCUUCAUUUUAUUGGCGUUUGGUUUAAGCACCAAAAAGGGAUUUAUUUAUUUUUUUGCUUUUGUUUUUGAAAAAACUUUCUAAUAUGUUGAUUAAAACGAAAAAAAUAUGUUUUGAAGUCAAUUAUUUAAUUAUUUUGAUUAUGAUUAUCAAUCAAAUGUUACUAGUAUUUGUAUUAUCAGAAUUUCAGCACCCUUAAAUCUUUUGUCAUUGUUGGUAAUAAGAAUUCCAUGUUCAUUUUUUAGUAGCUAUUACUUUCACUAUAACAGACUGUCUGGCUUGUAGUAUUUUGUUUGUUUUCUGGUUAUUUCAAAUGCCAAGUUUAGAUCUCGAAGCAAUAUAGUACUUGGGAUUUAUUUUGUGAAAUAUUUUUGAUGAUGAUUUUACUAAGGGAGAGUGAGAGAGAGUGCUCUAGUUGGGUUAAUAUAAAGAAUUGCUGGCAAUUCUUGGUAACUAACCCACACGUCUGAGAGAUUUGGGAAUGUACAGAAUUUUAUAGGAUUAACUAAUGGUUAUGUUUAAUCCAUUCUAAGUGCUAUAUUUUUUAUGUUGCAAGUCAUAAGUGCUGAAUAUACAAUUAAACUGGACAUGAAAUGUAUUACCUUUAUUGAUAUACUUGUAUAAGGAUAUUUAUGAAACAAACAACCAUUCUUAAAACAAUUGAGUUGAAAUCUCUGACUUCACUAAAUUGUGGUAACUAAACGCAGCAAACCAUAGCAGUUUUAAUAUCAAUUUUAUAUGUAAUGAACAUAAAACAUGCUCACUUUUUGUCUUGAGAUUGAUACUGUUAAACUUGUUUAAACAAGACAUUUUAUGAUAAACAACUGAUUUCAUAACAGGCAAAUUUGGUAAAAGGGUUGAAAAUGCAGAAAGUGAUAUUUCGACAGGAUUUAUAAAGGCACCUUUUCAUUGAUUUGACCUCUUCAAGAUGAUAACUUUUCAAGUUUUCAAUAGAUGUAAAACUUUUCAUGUCCAAAUCCAGACCUAAUCACCUCAUGGUCUUCAUACUGAGAAAUGUAGUAGGCAAACAUGAAGUGUUAUAGAUGAUCCAAAACUUGUGUAUGAUUUAUUAUAUUUAGAUGUUUGGUGAAAAGAUUUCACUGUAGAUUUUGAAAAAUACACUGUUUUAUAAACACAUCUACAUUAUUGUAAUUGUAGAUCAAACUAAAUUUUUGAAGUGAUGUACAUUAUCUUAAAUUAAAAAUUACAUACUCACUUGCGAGUAUCAUUUUG